AUGGUAAAAGAACUUAAGAGAAAGUAUAGGUUGGAUAUGCUAGGGUUGGUUGAGACUAAACGACAGUUAGUAACAAGGUUUGAUGUUGUGAAAAUAUGGGGAAACGGUUGUGUGGGAUGGGAGUAUGUGGAGUCUGUGGGUGCAUCUGGCGGGUUGUUAUUAAUGUGGGAUGAUGGGUUCUUUAAAAUGAGAAAUUGCUAUAAAAGUGAGCGAUGGCUAUGUGUUGAAGGGGUCUUGCCAGAGAAUAAUAUUAAUUGUACUUUUUUCUUGGUUUAUGGUGCUCACACUAGAGGUGAGAAACUUGCUGUGUGGGAGGAGCUGAGUUACAUGGCUGGUUUAUGCCCAGGAACCUGUUGUUUUUUUGGAGACUUUAAUGAGAUUGGACAGGUGGAAGAAAGGGGACAGUCUUGCAGCCGUAUUGACAGAGCUUUGGUUAGCUUGGAAUGGCUUGAGGCAUUUCCGGAGACUCGCUUGAGAGGUGGUCCUCGGGGUUUGUCAGAUCAUUGCCCUAUCAUAGUGGAAGAGAAGAGGCUGAGAGAUGGUGCGAGGCCAUUCAGAAGUCUGGAUUCGUGGUUUACUCACGAAGGAUUUUUAAGGUUGGCCAAGGAAGAAUGGAAAGGGUUAGGAGAGAUACCAUUCACCGAUAAACUAAGGGCGUUGAUGGCUCCUUUGGGGAGAUGGCAUAGAGAAAUUUUUGGUGAUAUGGACAAGAAAAUUUUGAGGUUUGAGGAAGAGAUUCAGAAGAUUGAUGACAUGGUCGGCAAUGGGAACUAUGAUGGGACAGUGGAAGCAAGACGGAAGCCGCUAGUUACUUGUUGUGAGAAAUGGUAUGUGAGGGACAUGGAUAAAAAUACGAGGCACUUCCACAACUUAGCUUCUGCUAGGCGGAGAAAUAACAUGAUUGAUUCUUUACUUAUUAAUGGAAGAAUGAUAAGGAAUCAAGCCAGAAUUAAGCUUGCCAUUAGGGAGUUUUAUAAAGACUUAUAUCAUCAAGAGAGGUCUCCUGAGGUGGGAUUCAGAGAUGGGCUGGUGGAAAGGAUAAGCGAGGAGGAUUCUAUUGCUUUAGAGAUGCUACCGUCACCUGAGGAGGUUAAAUAG